AUGCCUCCAAUGCCACAAGGUUUAGCACAGCAACAGCCCUCCAACUGGGACAAGUUUAAGAUGGGUCUGAUGAUGGGUUCCACAGUGGGUGUAUGUACUGGUGUUUUAUUUGGUGGCUUCACAAUUUUAACACAAGGUGCUGGCCCUGACGGAAUAAUGCGCACGCUGGGUAAAUAUAUUGCUGGUUCAGCUGCAACUUUUGGUCUGUUUAUGUCUAUUGGUUCCAUUAUUAGAAGCGACUCUGAAAUGCCAAUGUCUCUACAGCAAACCCAGGAUCUACAGAGAAGAGCAAGAUUGGAAGUAUGGAAGGUGCGUAACUUGUACGGUCUAAGUCGCAACUAA